AUGGCCACCUCAUCUAAGCCAAAAGUCCUCUUCGUUCUCACCUCCCACAACAAGCUCGGUGACACCGGCAAGCCAACAGGAUGGUUCCUGCCUGAGAUGGCACACCCAUACCACGUGUUGAAGCCUCAUGUCUCCAUCACUGUCGCCUCACCAGCCGGAGGAGAGGCUCCACUUGACCAGGGCUCAGUUGAGGCUUUCAAGAAUGACGAGAUCUCUACCGAUUUCUUAAAGAACGAGGAGACCGCCUACAAAGACACCCAGAAGUUGUCUGCUUUCAUCGGUCACGCAUCCGAGUUUGACGCUAUUUUCUUCAUUGGUGGAUACGGACCAAUGUUCGACCUUCCCAAUGAUGAGAUCUCGAAGUCCCUCACUGCGGAGUUCUAUGAAGCCGGAAAAAUUGUCGCUGCAGUCUGCCACGGGCCUGCGGCGCUCCUUAAUGUCAAGUUGUCGAACGGGGAGUACUUGGUGCAGGACCAGCCGGUGACCGCGUUCUCAAACGCUGAAGAGGACUCCGUAGACUUGUCGAAGCACAUGCCGUUCAUGCUGGAGACAGAGUUGAUCAACAGGGGUGCCAAAUACGAGAAGGCGGCGGAGCCUUGGAGUGAGAAGGUGUGCAUUGGACGCGGUGGAAGGUUGAUUACGGGACAGAACCCUGCGAGCGCUGGGGCCUUGGGAGAAGAAAUCAAGAAGGCACUGAAAUUGUAG